CCACCAAAUCAUACAUACGUAUUUGAAUUUUGUAAAGAAACACUACAGGUGGGAUGUGUUGCGACGAGUAAGGAGAAGAACACAAAGUGAGGAACUUUCGUUGCCUUUUUUCGAAAAAAAAAAGAAGACAAGACUUUUUCUCACAACGCCGUCCAUCAUCAAAGAUUGCCCUUUUAUUGGAAAAAGAUUAAGAUCACAGAUUCACAGAAAAGAGAUGGGAAUAUACCUUAGUUCUCCCAAAACAGAUAAGUUGUCAGAAGAUGGAGAGAAUGAUAAACUUAGAUAUGGUUUGUCCUCUAUGCAAGGCUGGCGUGCCACCAUGGAAGAUGCUCAUGCUGCAAUUCUUGAUCUGGAUGAUAAUUCUUCCUUCUUGGGUGUCUAUGAUGGCCAUGGAGGUAAAGUUGUUUCAAAGUUCUGUGCCAAGUAUCUACACCAGCAGGUUCUCAGUGACGAGGCAUAUGCAGCUGGAGACGUAGGGACUUCUCUUCAAAAGGCUUUUUUCAGAAUGGAUGAGAUGAUGCAAGGACAGAGAGGAUGGCGAGAACUGGCGAUACUAGGUGACAAGAUCAGUAAGUUCAGCGGAAUGAUUGAAGGGUUUAUAUGGUCACCAAGAAGCGGAGACAGCGCUAAUAGACCUGAUGCUUGGGCCUUUGAGGAAGGGCCUCAUUCUGAUUUUACUGGACCUAACUCUGGGAGCACAGCAUGUGUGGCUGUUAUUAGACACAAGCAGCUCUUUGUUGCAAAUGCUGGUGACUCACGUUGUGUCAUAUCCAGAAAGGGUCAGGCUUACAAUCUUUCUAGAGAUCACAAACCAGAUCUUGAAGCUGAGAGAGAAAGGAUAUUGAAAGCUGGUGGCUUUAUUCACGCUGGUCGUGUCAAUGGAAGCUUGAACCUAGCAAGAGCUAUCGGUGACAUGGAAUUCAAGCAGAAUAAGUUUUUGCCAACUGAAAAGCAAAUCGUUACCGCCAGUCCUGAUGUAAACACGGUUGAACUCUGCGAUGAUGAUGAUUUCCUUGUUCUUGCCUGCGAUGGAAUUUGGGACUGCAUGUCAAGCCAACAACUCGUUGAUUUUAUACAUGAACAGAUGAAUACGUCUCUCUCUUUUGGUCGUUAAUAUUCAGGAAACCAAACUCUCAGUGGUAUGUGAAAAAGUUCUAGAUAGAUGCUUGGCUCCAAACACAGCUGGUGGUGAAGGCUGUGAUAACAUGACCAUGAUCUUGGUUCAGUUCAAGAAGCCUCUUCAGUCCACAGAACCUAGCCAAGCUGAAGCAAGCCACAAUGAGCCUAGCUCAUCAAACUAGCCCCAUCCUCUGAGUCAAGGAAGAUGAUGACAUAUAGUAGUUUGGUUCACAUUGUAAAUUCUUUUGAAAGACAUUAAUAGCACAAUCUGACUUUCCUGAAGGGUUAGACUUUUGUCCCACGAGUUUCAAUAAUACAGAAGGAAUGAAUUGACUUGUUAUGAUGUUGGCCUUAAAAUAAAACAAUAUGACAUUUACACAACA